AUCAGGUCUCGCCGAGCAGCGAUGUACAGCCCGAUGUCGCCGCAGGAUUCGAUCGUCCGUCGGCUGGCCGACCGACGCCUCGCGGUCAGCCCCCGGGGCCUGUACCGGGGCCGCGACAACGACUACCUCAUUCUGGUGGGAUUCGUGGCCACCUUGGUGGCCGUGUUCAUCAUCUUUUUCCACUACGACUUCGCCACCACGCGACUGGUGAGGCCGUCCGGCUUCGUCUACCCCGCCACCGAGAAGAGCCACGAAGAAGGAUACGUGAUCACGUGGGCGGUCCGACGAGGGGCUGAAGAACCUAGAGGCCGUGCCGGGGGCUCGCUGGAGCGCGGCACGCACGACAACAGUGCAGAGUCCUCGCCCACGGAGCGUGGUAGCCGCAAUGAGAGCCGCCGCCACGGCGCUACGGCCUUGCCAGGGGCCAGGGCGGCAACGGUGUCCUCUCCAGGAGUGUUGUACUGCGACAGCGCGGGCAGCGACGUGCUGCAGGACGAGCUGGCCUCGUGGCUCGACGCCAGCGUCGACCCCUGCGACGACUUCUACGCGCACGCGUGCGGUCGCUGGGUCGCCAACCACUCGGCGAAGUCGUCCGCGGUCGCCGACGCCGACGCCGCCGCGGGAUCGGAGGCGCUGGUCUCUCCGCGGACCCUGAAGCGCCGCCGGAUGGAGCUGAGGCUGCUCGCCGAGCUCAAGCGAGGCACGGACGACGGCUCCCUGCGCUGGCCGGCGAGGCUGUGGGAGGCGUGUCGCAGUCCCGAGGCAGAGCCCCAUUCGCGAGAGGUGUUCGACAAAAUCUUGGCUGAGCACGGCUUACUGGGUUUUCCGUUCAGCAGCCAGCCCGACUCCUCAGCGUCGGACAGCAAAGACGGUGACCUGUCGACCGCAGCGGCCAAAGUCCUCGCUCUCUCUGCCAUUCCUGCUAUUGUAGAUGUUCGGGUAGUCAAGUGGCACGACACGAGGUCCUCGCGGAGCGGGCCCGGGUCAGCGGCGACCGGGAGCCGCGCGCGCUGGGUGGCCCGAAUAGAGCCGCCCGAACCCCUGUUCCGGGACUUUGCGCGCAUGAGCGACGCGAACGACGAGUGGUUCCUGACGGCGGUGCAGAAGGUCGCCGGACACCGGGAUCUACACGGACUGUUCCGCGUCGAGCAGGCGCUCGUCGAACUGGCUGCGCACAGGCGAGGCGUCCACGACUACGUGCUCACCACCGUCGGCCGCCUCGCCCACGGGACCCACUGGAACUGGACCCGAUUCCUGACGGUCGCCUUCCGAGGUACGCCGUCAUCGUCAUCGUCGUCAUCAUCAUCCUCUUCGUCAUUACCAUGA